GAGACGUCGUAUCUGUCCUUUAUACUUUCUCUCCUUAGGAUUUCUGCUUCCAGAACUGCAUGCAGAAUCCUGACUGUGUGGCCCAAGGGGAAGGAAUGUUCUACUAGAGAGGCCGGGCCAGGACAAUAUGAAAAGGCACUGAUCCAAUCACCAGGAAGGACAUGCACACAGCUGACACGCAGCAAUACUAUUCCCUCCCCUAUGGCUGCUGCACAGGAAGGAAAUGCACGGUAAGGUGUUAUAGCUCUGUCAUAUUCCUGCCUGCACAGCACUGAAUACCAGCUGAAUCAUGUCCUCCAGUGCUGUCUGCCGUCUGGUGGGAGUGUUCAUUCAUAAGGUCAUCUGCCGCUGACAGACUGGGGGUGUGAGCACACAGCUUCUGCUAAACCCGGAAUUGGAAAAGGUGCAUUUACUCUCCUCCAUUCUUGUAGAUAAGGGGCUUCUGCGCAGAUUGGACUGCCGCUGGGACUAAAGCAUCUGCUGCAUCCAACUUCUCACAGGGCAGCCAAAUAGGAUAAAAAGCUACUGGAUAAACUCCAUUAUGUAGACAUUCACCAUUCGUCAUCAGAUGACCAUGUCUUCCACGCUGCAUCCUUCUAUAAUGCUUCGCAGCCGCAAAGUACAAGCUGAGCUUGGCCUCCCCCGCAGCUUAAGUUCCAUUAAUAACCUUUACCAAAAUGCACAACUGGCUAAAGGAUUUGGCAGACCAGCAGUCUGCUUAACCAAAGAGCAGCACAGAGCAGGCCGCCCCCAUCGGCCAGAGAAAAAGGUGAGCAUCAGCUGCGAUCCGGAAUUGCGACCUAUAAUGCGCCGCAGAACAAAGUCCCUGCCUUGUUCUCCAGAGAGAAGAAACACCGGCAAAUGUCGGCCUCAGUGCCAUAAAGUCAGGUUUGCAGAUUCACUUGGUUUGGAAUUGGCUGAAGUGAAGGUAUUCAACACUGGUGACAACCCAACCAUCCCUCUACACGUUCUCUCGCGGUUGUCGAUCAACUCAGACUUGUGUUGUAGCCAAGAUUUGGAAGUUUCCAUUGAAUAUUUGGAGCCAGACUUCAAACAGCCUGCAGAGUGUGGAGAUCUCUCGGAGCGUCUGCAGGAAUACUGUGUCUGCUUAGAGCAAGUUACUAGUUCGGAGGAGCUAGGGAUUUCUGGCACUAUUCGAGUGAUGAAUCUUGCCUUUGAGAAAAUGGUUUCAGUGCGGUAUUCAUUCACCAACUGGAAAACUCAUUUUGAAGUACGGGCAAUUUGGCAAAAUAGCGAUGACACGGCUGUUCCUAACACUGACGUAUUUGCCUUUGUUAUUCCAUUACCACCUUUUCUCCAGCAAAUCUGCUCAAUGGUACAAUUUGCUAUAAAGUACCAGGUUGGCAGCAAAGAUUACUGGGAUAACAACUACGGGAAAAACUAUACCUUUAUAUCAAAAAGCUACAGACUUAAAAUACCAAAAGACUGUGAGCAAAGCUGGAUCCAUUUCAUCUGAUCGAGUAGCUCUCAUGCAGUUACAAUCUUUUACUGAAAAAAUAACCUGGAUACAAUAGAUUUCCAGUGUGUUCAGGAUAAACACCAUCUAGAAUAAGCCCUGUCACUGGUGAUUACUGCUGGACUAUGUAUUACGUGCUGUGUGUAGCCUGCUGGUGCAUGCUGUUAACUAUUGUGCUGGAGAUAUUAGAUAAGGACAUGAAGAGUAAAGGGGCGGCCAUAAGGUCAGGUUUCCUGAUGCAGUUUUGGAAGCCAAAAUCAGGAGUGGAUCAUAAAAGGAGAGAAAGUAUAAAAGACAGAUACGACUUCUCCUCUUUUUUAAAUUCACUUCUGGUCUUGGCUUCCAAAACUGCAUCCAGAAACCUGACCGUGUGACCCAUACCCUAAAGGUUUUACUCAAUCAUUAAUACACAGUGAUCCCUCAGGAUACAAUCUUUUCAACACACAAUGGUCUUUUCUGACCCAUCGUAAGUUGAAACUAGACUCAACCUACAAUGUCUCAGACUCAGAGCCAAGCAAUCAAGGCCACUUCUCUGGUAA